GCCCCAUGUCUUUUCGUUCCUUUUAAUGGCAGACGACAGAUCCCUUUCUUCGCAGAUAUGCGAUUGACUCUCCAACCUUUUCUUUGAAUGACAUACUCGAUUUUGCCAAAAUGACGGACUGGAGCAAGUUGACCGUUGUCAACCUCAAGGAAGAAUGCAAAGCCCGCGACAUUCCUCUUACCGGGUUGAAACUCAAGCAGCACUACAUUGACAGACUGCAGGAAUAUGAGGCGGCAGAAAACAAUGGCGGCGACACUGACGCUGGAGUUGAGGAGGCUCAAGUUGAAGAAGGUGACAAAACUUCCCAACAAGCCAAUGGGCACACGACCGACGACCAGAUUCCAACGACCGAAACCAAUACCCAAGAGCCAGACCCUUCUGUCUUGGAGAAUUCUGCGGACCCUGGCGCAUCGGUAGUUGAGGAAGUACAGCCUGCGCAGCCCGAAGAAGACACCACCGACCAACGAGACAUUAAACCUAGUGAAAGCGACUCAAGUGAUGCGCAAGGGAAGACAACACCCAUACCCAAGCCAGAAGACCCAAGAAGUGGCCAGACUUCUCCUGAGGCCGAGUUGCAACCACAAACCCACGAGCAAACUAUUCCAACAUUACCUCCGGACGAAAAGCAGACCGAACCAUCACCCGAGCCGACCCCUACCGAGCCUACUGUCGCAGUUACAGCAGAGGAGUUGGAAAAUAAAUCAGAGAGCGCAGAGUCAUCGGAGGUUCAGCCAAUUGAGCCAAAAGGUGAACCGGCAGAUGACAAUCAGCAGCCGCAGACAAUUUCGGAUGACCCUACAGUGCCUUCUCUGCCAAACGAGCCCAGUGGAGUAUCCGACGACCAAAAAAACCGACGAAAACGCAGUCAUAGCCCUGUCCCAAGCUCUGAAGAAGUCACGCGCAAGAGAUUCAGGUUGAGCGACGUUCAAGAAAAUGCGAAGAUCGAAACAGAUUCUGAAGGCGCCAGCAAUCGUGGGCCUCAAACAAAAUUACCACAUGACGGCGAAGGGGCGGCAGCCUCUGCGAGCGUGGAUAAAUCAUCAGAGCCUCCUCAAAGACAAGACUCUCCAUCUCAGGAACGAGACGUAACCCCUGCCAUCCAUCCAGCAACAUGCUCCCUCUACAUCCGGAAUUUCAAACGACCACUCCAUGUUCCCACACUUCGUGCGCACAUAGCCAAGCUAGCCCAAUCUCGAUCCGACACUUCAGACGCCGACCCUAUCACCAAAUACUUUGUCGACCUCAUUCGAACCCAUGCAUUCAUCUCAUUCACAUCCAUCGCCGCCGCAUCGCGGGUCAGAACAGCGAUGCACGAAACACGGUUCCCUGAUGAACCGAUGCGCGAACCCCUAUUCGUGGACUUCGUUCCUGACGACAAAAUCGAAUCCUGGAUCGAAGAGGAAACCGGAUCAAGCAAUUUCGGAGGCCGUACACCCAACCGUCGCUUCGAAGUCAUCUACGAAAACGGUCCCGACGGAGUUGAAGCCAUCUUCGAAGAAGUCGGUUCCCGAGGUCCACCCCACUCAUCCAUCCCCUCUCGCCCAUCCGCCGACUACGGAAGAAAAGAUUCUUUAUCCCAUUCCACACAUCCAGACCGCGAAAUACGUCCCCCGCGCGAAGACCGUCGCUCGGAAGAUCACGGUCGUCCAGCAGCACCACCUGCCCCGCCAACCGGACCAAGAAAAUCAAUCGGCAUCGGCUUCAAAGCUCUCGACGACCUCUUCCCCUCCACUACCGCCAAACCGAAACUGUACUAUAAACCAGUAUCUGAAGAAAUAGCCCAGGCAAGAAGAGAAUUACUCCUGGACCUGAAAGAUAUGGGUCGAAGUGGAGAAGCGGAUAUGAAACGAUAUAGUUUGGAACGGACUAGUAAUGGAAGAGAAGAUUGGGUGGAUAAGGGGCCGGAAUUUGGACGUGGUAAGAAAGGUCAGGAUCGAUUGACGGGAUAUAGAGGCGGACGGUUUGGAGGGGGAGGUGGAGGGGGAUACCGUGGUCGGGGUGGUGAUUCUUGGAGAGGCGGUGGGAGAUGAAGUGCAGGAAAAAGAAGAGAGUGAUUUGGACGGAGAGGAAUGAUGGCUGCUAUGUCCUGUACGAAUACAAGAUUUAAAAAGCUCUUUGCUUUGAGUGGGUGGACAUGUAUGAUUAUGAUAGCUUGAGCAGAUAACUUGAACAACGGCCGAUCUUGAGGUGAGAGGUACAAAAAG